UGUUUGAACAGCUUAACCCCCAUAGCUCCAACAAAGAAAACUGUUAAGAAAGUAGGAAGAGUAGUUCACCAAAUCAAACUUAUUUCCAAUUUGUCCCUUUCUUCCUUCCAUUCCCUACAAAAACCACACAGUUCUGCUCCAAAACUUCACAAAUCAAACUCUCUUACCUUCUGAGUUCUCAUCAAGUAAACUCUCUUACCAUUCCAAGAAGUUGUUUUUGUAAUAGUCCUCCAUAGCAGAAUGGAACACACAAGGAUGGUGAUGGGUCUAGUUGUGGUUUUUGUCGCCGUGCACUGGGCAGGAGUAGCUGCACAGUCGGACUGCACAAAUGUGCUGAUCAGCUUGUCGCCAUGCCUGAAUUACAUUACUGGGAAUUCCUCUACCCCAUCGCAAACAUGCUGCACACAGCUUGCUAGUGUUGUCCGCUCACAACCACAGUGCUUGUGCCAGGUCCUGAAUGGUGGUGGCUCGUCGCUUGGGGUAAAUAUCAACCAAACACAGGCCCUGGCUCUGCCCCGAGCUUGCAAUGUUCAGACUCCUUCUAUCAGCAGCUGCAAUGUUGAUUCUCCCACCAGCUCUCCAGCAGGAGCACCAGACUCGUCAAACAAUGUUCCUUCAGGAACUGGAUCUAAGACUGUUCCAUCAACAGACAAUGACGCAUCAGAUGGAAGCUCCAUCCAGUUAUCAAAACCUCUACUAUUCUCCAUCUUGUUGGCUUCUACAUAUGCUUCAGCUUUCAAGUUGUACUGAUCCUCUGCAGUAGCCUAUUUUCUACAAGUCUGGUUUAUUGUUGGUCAUUUAUUGCAUUUAGAUAUUUUUUAGAGUGCAUUAUUUUAAGCAUCCCUUUUGUUUAGGUUGUUUUUUUUUUUAUCUUCAUAAUCUUCUCAUCUGGCAUUUGUUUCCAAGAACUUUGUAUUGCAUCAAAGAUUCUUUUGAAUAAAAUACAUGAUUGUGUGCU